AUGCCCUUCAAAUUAACGCUGACACUGUUCUUCGGUGAGGUUGAUGGUGGGUCUAGAAUCUUGACCGAGAUAGGUGAACAAGGCUCAAAGAAUGCCAGAUUAAUUACAAGGGCACUUAUACCCAGCCUUCAAACUGGAGCUCAGCAUUCCCUUGCGAAGCACAUCUUGCAGAAAGAGAAGCAUCAGAUCCUCAGGCCUUGCAUGGGCGUCAUUACCAAAAUCAGGAGACACGCAAAUUAUUUCACCCGGGGACUUAUAACAACGAAAACAACGACCAAGAUAAGGAAGGUAACGUGGCUCUAUCCAGACGCUCAUACAAAGAUCAAUAUGAGCGUGCAAGCGUGGACAGGGCUGAGCGUUGGCGUGACUGCAGGCCUUGCAUUUCUCUUCGUGGCAAGCCUUCUCGGGGUCGCCCGAGACCCCUGGCUUCCUCCGUCAGCCACGGCGGAGGAGGCGUGCCUCUCCUCCAUGCGCUCUCAUAUGGAAGAUGGGAUGCAUUACUCGGAAGGACGCGUGAAGCCCUUUGGGAGUGACUACUUCGGCACAGCAGGCGAGGAGCUCCUAAGGGAGAUGAAGGCAGAGCGAAUCGAGGAUUAUCUCAAAUAUCUAACGAGUCAAGGUCACAUGGCAGGCACUAAGCAGGAUUUGGAACAAGCAGAACACCUUAGGAAACUCUGGCUGGAACAAGGCCUGGAUCAGGUGUUUCUCCAGCCAUAUCACGUACAACUAUCGCAUCCCGACUUAGCUAAGCCUAAUAAGGUCUACCUAAUGAACGAGAAGGGAGAAGUCAAGUUCACGUCCGCUAUCUUUGAGGAACCACUGGAUGGCGUCGCGUACGAUGACUCAAUUCCUCCCGCAUUCCUCGCCUUCGCUCCUGCUGGGACUGUCGUCACGGACGAGCUGGUCUUCGUCAACUAUGGAACGUACGAGGACUUCGUUGCGGUGGAGGAGAUGGGAAUCAAGGUCGCAGGUCGUGUUGUGAUCGCCAAGUUCGGAUCCAUCUUUAGGGGUGAUAAAGUUCAGAACGCCGAGAGGUUCAACGCUUCAGGCAUUAUCCUGUAUACCGACCCUUCCGACUACCACCCUGAGUCCGACAGCGGAGGCCUCGCUUACCCUCACUCGUUGUGGCUUCCUGGGUCCGGCAUUCAGCGCGGCAGCAUAGUCGUUCACGAUGGAGACCCGACCACUCCGAACUAUCCAGCCCUCGAAGGAGCAUAUCGCCUGCCAGAAGACGAGACCGACUCCCCCAAGAUACCCGCUCACACGCUCAACUAUAAUGACGCCCGCAAACUACUUGUUAAUAUGGGCGGGCCGGAAGUGCGUGAAGAAUGGAAGGGUCGACUCAAUAUUACUUACAGAAUGGGUCCAAAGCUAGCAAGGAAAGGAUGGACACUGAAACUGGAGGUGAAUAACAAGAAACACGUUGUCCCGACUUACAACGUCAUCGGGCUGAUCCGGGGAUCCGAGGAGCCCGACCGCUACGUCAUCCUUGGAAACCACAGAGACGCCUGGACCUUCGGAUCCUGCGACCCCUCGUCGGCAACGGCUGUGCAGAUGGAGCUCGCUCGAUCUCUCGGGCAACUGGUCAAACAAGGAUGGCGGCCUCGCAGGUCCAUUGUCUUCGGAUCUUGGGGCGCCGGCGAGUAUGGGUUCUUCGGCCCUUGGGAGUGGGUCGAAGAGUACCUCAAGGUGUUCCAAAUGCGAGCAGUGGCGCAUCUUAACGUCGAUUUAGCCAUUAUAUACACAUACAACAUUCAAAUCUCCGCUACACCGCUACUGCACAAGAUUAUCAAAGAAGCGACGAAAAAGGCUCCUGCUCCCGACAAAUCCCUUGGUUAUGAGACCUUGUGGGAUCACUGGACUUCCCGAUACAGAGCAGCUUCUCCUGAACUUCUGGAUUGGAAACUGGGGUCAAUUAGCGAACACGCGCCUUUUUAUCAGGGCAUUGGUGUCCCGACGUUAUAUAUGGUGUGGGAGAUUAACUUUAAUGAAUUCAACUGGUCCGAUUACCCGCUCUACCACACUGCGUUCGAAGACUUCGAUGCCAUGAAGAACAUUCUUGAUCCAGAAUUUCGUUAUCACCUGUCCAUGGGUCAUCUCUGGGGACUGAUUGCCAUCGGUCUUGCUGACGCUAGGAUUCUUCCCAUGGAUCCUGAAGAUGAGACCAUAAUGCUGAGAAAAAUGAUGGCAGAUCUGAAGAGAGACUUCGGUGAGACUUUGAAGGAGAAGGGCAUCGCUCUCGCUCCCGUUGAAACAACCAUUGAUCACUUCGACGAUGUAGCACGAGAUUUCAACCGUCGCCUUGACACAUACACCAAUAUUUCCCCCCUUUUGGCUCGCCAGCUGAACGACCAGCUGCUGAUGUUGGAGAAGUGCUACAUCGACGCUGGAGGAAGUCCUCUUAGACCACACAUGAAGAAUAUGGUCUUAGGCACAAAUAACUUCAACCAGUAUGAUGGAUGGACGGCGCCAGGGGUCCGAGACGCUAUUUGGGAAGCCAUCAGCUGUCAAGGAAAAUGCAUUCAGAAAUGGGAGACUGUCAAAAAACAGAUAUCUGUUCUGCAAUAUGUUAUACAUUCUGCUGUUCUUACUAUGAAAGAUUUUCAGUCUUUUUGAAACAAAAAGCCGUCAGAUAACAUAUAAAGAUAUACCUAUAAAAUGCUAAAUACAAAAGUAGACACAUUUCUAAUAUAUAGCAAUAUAUCUAU